AUGAUGAACAAAUGUGUUCCAGAUUUGUCUGUUUUGGUCACCAAAAUGAAUCCCAGAUUGAACUGGCCAAUCACCUUCAUUGCCAAGAAGUCCUUCUUUGAAACAGACAGCGUCAGUUUCCGCUCGGCGUCGAUCUCAUCGCUGAUAUCGUCAAUAUUCCUGUUCUUGGUUGGAUCUUGGCCCAAUUUGGGACGUUUCACCCUGAAACUGUCAGCGUUCACCAAAACAGACGACUCCGUAUGGUGCAGCGACUCUGUCACGCGCUGGUUAACUUUAGUAGACUUUUCACGCACUGGCGACACGAAAAGCGGCGAAUGUUCGUGA